UAAGAUGUCAACACCUUCACACACGCUGACACGCGAUUUCAAUGUCCAUUUGGGGUUGGGUGCCACCUCUGGUGAUCUCGCUGGUGGCGGUGUACACGUACUACGCCUAUGUGGUGGCCAUGUGCAUCAUGACCUCUAACCUCCUGGCCGAGAAGGUCAUCCUGAUCCUCGUCUUCCACGCCCUGUUUGCGAUGUCCGUCUGGUGUUUCGUUCGAAGCGUGUGGACAAGGCCGAUGAAGCCGACGGUCAAGUACGCCCUGGAGGAGGCCGAGUGGUCAAAGAUGUCUUACGACUACAACUGGAAGAAGGAGAGGGAGGCCAUGUCCAACCUGAGACAGAAGGUUGGGAUCAUUACCACGGCCUCGGACACUGGCGAUGGCAUGCUGCAGUACUGCUUCCAUUGCCGGAAUCUGAAACCAGACAGAUGUCACCACUGCUCCAGGUGCGGGAUGUGCGUCCUGAAGAUGGACCACCACUGCCCGUGGGUCAACAACUGCGUGGGCUUCCACAACUACAAGUACUUUCUCCUCUUCCUCUCCUACAGCUCCUUCGGGGUCAUCUUCGUCAUCUUCACCUCCGCGCGCUUCAUCUACGAGUUCAUCAUCAACGCGCGCCAUUUCGGCCUGGCCUCCGCCGUCAGCGGCAACGUGUUGGUCAUCCUGAUCAUGCUGGUCAUCCACGUCCUGGUGGGCAUCGCCCUCAGCCCGCUCCUCUACCUCCACCGGGACCUCGUGGCCCACAACGUCACCACGCUGGAGAACUCCAGGCCAGUUGGAGUGUACGGGACGAAGCCCAGCUACAAGACGUUUGACAUGGGCCUUCAGGCUAAUUUUGUGCAGAUUUUCGGAGAGCGGAAGCUCUACUGGUUCUUUCCCAUUUUCACCAGCCAAGGGGACGGAAUGACCUUUCCCAUAUCAACGUAUAAAAAGACGGAAAACGCGUAAUACAUUCUGGGCUCAUUCACGCAAGCUUCUAUGCAUAAACCCUCCUACCAAUAAAGUAUUUACAUCAUGACGAACAUGUAAGUUUAUGGAUUAGCCUACUUGGUGUACAUAUGCACUUUCGAAGUAAUAAGCGGAGCGACAGAUAACGAAAACAGGAUGAAAGCUAAAAAUAGUAACUUGUUGGUGAACUCAAUUAGUUGGAUGUCAUGAAUUUUUGUUGAUUCAUCAAGGGAAGUAAUUUGUCAACAUUGUCAACAUGAGUCGGUUAAAUAUAUUUGUAAGUGGGGGCCUUGAGAGCUGUCUGUGCUGUGAGUGUGUCGAGUUGAUGACUGGAUGACAGUGGCCCAGGAAGCGGACAUGAAGCUUGCCCAAUGUGUAGCUUACGUGUGCGUGUGUGAUAGUGUGUAGACGUUUUUGUAUGUGUGUUUGUGUUUGUUUUAUAUUUUUACACAAUUGUAUCCGAGGAAUAAAUUAUAUCAUUGGAAAAUGU